AUGCCCCUUUCACAGCAGCACCGUGGGGCUGCAGCGCCCGUAACAAGCUGGAUCCUGGUCUUGGCUCUGUCUCUUGCUCUACAGGGGGCCAUUCACGCUGCUCCAUCAGGAGACAACAAGCUGGUUCGUACCACCAGAGUGAGGAGACAGACCCCCGGUGGGGAUCAGCCCCCUUCCUCCAACAACCAGACACUGCUGGAGCAACCAGUGGUCUUUAACCACGUAUACAAUAUAAAUGUUCCCUUAGAGUCUCUGUGCUCUGUCGACCUGGACGCCUCAGCACCACCUGUCCCCGGUGACGAUUCACGUGCUGAGCUGGGGUCCAGACCUCCGGUUGAGGGUCCGAUGGAUCCAGGUGGACCAACAGAAUACAUGGAGCAGACAAUGGAUGCUGACAGCCAGGUCACGUUUACUCACCGCAUCAACAUCCCCAAAGCUGCGUGUGGCUGCACAGUGACAACCACGCUCCAGCAGCUCGCCACCAGGGUGGAGAUGCUAGAGAGAGAAGUUUCCAUGCUCCGCGCUCAGUGUGGGUCCGGAUGCUGUGGGGAGAGCUCAGCCAUGGGUCGUUUGGACUUUGUCCCCGGCUGCGGUGGCCACGGCAGCUUCAGCUUCGACUUAUGCGGCUGCAUCUGUGAGGAAGGUUGGAGCGGCAAAAACUGCUCCGAGCCCCGCUGCCAGGACGACUGUUCCGGCCAAGGCGUGUGCAUCGAAGGGGAGUGCGUGUGCGACCGGGACUUCGGAGGCGACAACUGCUCCGAGCCGCGGUGCCCCUCGGACUGCUCGGGCCGCGGGUUGUGCAUCGACGGGGAGUGCGUGUGCGAGGAGUCCUUCACCGGCGAGGAUUGCAUGGUCGGGAGGUGUCUCAACGACUGCUCGGACCAGGGGCUCUGCAUCAACGGGACGUGCCAGUGCCGGCCCGGCUACGUGGGCGAGGACUGCUCGCUGGUGUACUGCGCCAACAACUGCAGCAAGAAGGGAGUCUGCAAGGAGGGCUUCUGUGUCUGCCAGGACGGCUUCGCUGGGGAUGACUGUAACUCCGUGGCACCUGUCAUGAACUUGAUGGUCCGGGGGGUGACUGAUCGCACUAUAGACCUGGAGUGGGAGGGCUCGGUCAUAAUUACAGAUUUCCUGGUGACUUACACACCAAGCAGCCCUGGAGGUGUGCAACUAGAGUUAAGGAUCCCAGGCAACAUCACCACCUGUACUGUCUCCGGCCUGGAGGCAGGCAUAGAGUACAACAUCAACGUGUUCUCCGUCAUUAACAACAGCAUCAGUGUCCCUGACAGCAUUUCUGUUUGGACGUAUCUCUCCAAUCCGGACGGUUUACUCUUCAAAUCCAUCACAGAGACGUCGGUGGAGGUCCACUGGCAACCCUUCUUCUAUUCCUUCGAUGGAUGGGAGAUCAGCUUCAUUCCCAAGGACAAUGAUGGAGGGAUGACGGCACAGCUUCCCAGCACCAUCACUUCCUUCGUGCAGACUGGUUUGAGACCGGGGGAGGAGUAUACUGUCAACUUGGUGGCGCUCCGAGAUCAGGGUCGAAGUCAACCAGUCACUGCCACCAUCUCAACAUUGAUUGAUGGCCCAACUCAGCUGAUUGUGCGGGAUGUGUCAGACACGGUGGCGUUCGUGGAGUGGACACCUCCAAAAACCAAGAUCGAUCAGAUUGUACUGCGUUAUGGCCUCGUGGGAGGUGAGGGGCCACGGACCACCUUCCGCCUCCAGCCCACACUCAGCCAGUAUUCACUGCAGGUUCUGCGCCCUGGCUCUCGUUACGAAGUGUCUGUCAGAGGAUUGAGGAAAGGAAACGAGAGCGGAUCCAUUUCCACAGAGUUCACAACCGCUUUAUCGUUCUUCUCAGAAAUUGAUGCCCCCAAGAACCUGCGGCUCGUGUCCAAGACCUCCACCAACCUCGAGCUCGAAUGGGAUAACAGUGAAGCAGAGGUGGAGGGCUACCAGGUGGUGUACAGCACGUUAGCAGGAGAACAGUAUGAUAAAGUCAUUGUGCCACGAAAUGAGGGAGCCACCUCCAAGACCACUCUCACAGACCUGCUGCCAGGCACCGAGUACGGCAUCGGCAUCUCCGCCAUGAAAGGCAGCAACCAGAGUACACCGGCAACAAUGAAUGCCAGGACCAGUCUGGAUGUGCCCAUGGACUUAACUGUGACAGCAUCAACAGACAACACCAUCACUCUGGUGUGGGGCGUGGUCCAGGGUCCCAUCGACCACUACAAAGUCACCUUCACUUCCUCCUCUGGCGUCACCACAGAGCUGACGGUGCCUAAAGAUGUGACCACCACCACCCUGAGCGACCUCGAGCCCGGGACAGAGUACACCAUCACCGUCGCCGCGAGAAGAGGCCGACAGCAGAGCACUGCAGCGACCAUAGACGCCUUCACAGGAAUCAGACCCGUCACGCACCUCUACCUGUCCGAGGUGACUUCAGACUCUGUGUCGGUGGCGUGGAGCGCCCCGGCGCCGCCCGCCACCUUCUUCAUCCUGAGCUACAGCUCCGCCGACGGGACUGACACCUCUAAGGUGACGCUGUACGGCUCCAAGACAAGGUCGCUGGUCCAGGGGCUGCUGCCGUCCACUCCGUACACCGUCAGUCUGAUCACGAUUCAGGGGGAGGUUACCUCUGAGCCCAUAACAGCAUCACUCACUACAGGACUAGACCCACCCAAGGAGGUGACGGUGUCGGAGGUGACCGAAGACGCGUUCACCAUCUCUUGGAUCAAACCACUGGCUCCAUUUGAUUACUACAAGCUCUCUUACCAGUCGGCCAAAGGUCGAGUGGACAGCGUGGUGAUUGACAGUGAUGUGACCAACUACACCUUGUCCAGUCUGUUUCCUGCUACGGAAUAUGAGAUCAGUCUCAACGCUGUCAGAGCGAGUCAGGAGAGCAAAGUGGUCAGCACCUCCGUCUUUACAGCCAUGGACAUGCCAGCUGAGUUGACAGCCCUCAACAUCACCCCACAAGGAGCCCUGCUGCGGUGGAAUCCUCCUCUGUCCAGUGUUGACAACUACGUGCUGACUCUCACACACAACCAAGUGACGGCUGAUACUCUGCUCGUGGAAGGCAACAAGCAGGAGCACCAGCUCACCAACCUUAAGCCCAGCACCACCUACUCCGUGGCCCUCUACGCCAGCAAAGGACCCCUCACCAGCGGCACGGUCAUCACCAACCUCCAGACACCAAUGGAUGCACCACUGAACCUGACAGCCAGUGAAGUGAAUCACCGCAGCGCUCUCAUCUCCUGGCAACCGCCAAUCGCAGAAAUUGACAACUACAUGCUCACCUACAAGUCAACUGACGGCAACCGAAAAGAGUUAAUACUGGAUUCAGAGGACACUUGGAUUCGACUGGAGGGACUUGGUGAGACCACAGAGUACACUGUCAAGCUGCAGGCGGCCAGAGGACUUGACACCAGUGCUGUCGUCUCCACUGCCUUCACUACAGGGAGUCGUCUGUUUGCAACACCUCAGAAUUGUGCCCAACACCUGCUGAAUGGAGAGACGCUGAGUGGUGUCUACACAAUUUACAUCAACCGAGACCCGAGCCAGGGCGUGCAGGUGUACUGCGACAUGACCACUGAUGAAGGAGGGUGGAUUGUGUUCCAGCGUCGUCAGAACGGCCUGACAGACUUUUCCAGGAAGUGGAGUGACUACAGGGUUGGCUUUGGAAACUUGGAGGAUGAGUUCUGGCUUGGUCUGGACAACAUCCAGAAGCUCGCGGCUCAGGGUCGCUAUGAGCUAAGGAUUGACAUGAGGGAUGGACAGGAGUCGGUUUACGCCAAUUAUGACAAAUUCUCCCUUGGAGAUGCGAGGAACCUCUAUAAGCUCAGGAUAGGAGAGUACAAUGGCACCGCUGGUGACUCUCUGAGCUACCACCAGGGCCGUCCCUUCUCCACUAAAGACAGAGACAAUGACAUCGCUGUCACUAACUGUGCCUUGUCUUACAAAGGAGCCUGGUGGUACAAGAACUGCCACCGGGCCAACCUCAAUGGAAAAUACGGCGAGUCCAGACAUAGUCAGGGUAUCAACUGGUACCACUGGAAAGGCCACGAGUUCUCCAUUCCUGCUGUGGAGAUGAAGAUGAGGCCGUUCAACUUCCGUAGCAUCAGCAGCAAGAGGAGGCGGUCUGUCCCUGUAUAA